UCGUUGUUGAUUGUGCACUUACACCAUGGUGACCACCAGAACUGGGUUUAGUACCACCCCCUAUAGCAAGGAGCAAGAAGAGAGAGCUGCCGCCCUUCUGUGUGAAAGGAAGUAGAAGAUGGAGAAAAGGGAGUUAAUCAAGCAGGCCAAGAUGUUGGCCCUGCUGAAGGAGCAAGAGGCAACGAAGAAGCAGAUGGAGGAGGAGCUGAAGAGGGAUCAGGAGGAGAAGAUGGCGGCUAUACGAGAGGAGGUGGAGAAAGAAGAAGAAGAAGGGGAAGAGAUAGUAGAGGAAGAAGAGCCGUUGGAGAGAAGGAGAGGGGAAGCUAGCACAAGCAAAGAAAUUGAGAUUGCAAGGAUUGCACAGGAGUGGGCCACACAUUUGGAGUUGGGGGAAGACAGGGAGGCCGAGAUGGCCAUACCCCAGGAAGAGAGAGAAGCAGCAAGGAGGCAAAUUGAGGCAGAAAGGGACCUACUGAGGAGAAAGGCGAAAGAGGAAGAACAACAAAUGGCAUGGAGAUACCGGCUGUCCCAAGAGAGGGUAAGACGAUUGCAAGCAGCGGACAGGGCAGAGAAGGACCUGAAAGCGGCGGAGACCAGGCUGGGGAAGAUCAGGAAAGAGACGGAGAUAGCCACUAAACUCAAUACCCUGACCCAAAGUUUAGAGUCUUUACUAACUGCACAUCAUGAACAAGCGCAAUACAUCCACAACUUCGAAGUAAAGAUAGAUGCAAUGCGCAUUGGGUUCAAGGAUUUUGCGAGUGAUAUGAUGAAGUAUUUAUUGGCUGAAGUCCGUAAUGCAAUUAGUAAGACAAGAGAGUUCUGUACCGGCGCCAUUGAAGGCGCCAAGUUAGCGACUCCUAAGGAAGAGGAGCCAGCCCCACCACGCCGUGAGAAAGUUAAGAGCACUAGCCCCUACACCCAGGAGCAACAAGAGAAGAUGGCCGCCUUAGUGAGAGAAAAUAAGGAAAGGAAGUUAAAGGCGAUCACAGAGGAGCAGGCGGCGAAGAGGAAGAAGUUGGAGGAAGAGAUGAUGAGGAUUCAGCAGGAGGAAGAAGAAAAGAGAAAGGCUGCCGAAGAGGAAGCAGCAGAAGAAGAAGAAAAAGAGAAAAGACGUAUAGGAGAGAAAGGAGAAAGUAGUGGCACAGCGAAUGAGGACGCCGCAAUGGAGAAGAAAAUCGGUGAAUGGAUUGCUAAUUUAUCGUUGGGGGAAGAUGAGGAGGCAGAGUUUUAUGUGCCUCAGGAUGAGAGGGAUGCGUUAGCCAGUGAGCUAGCGGCAAUGGGGGACCCUCUGGAACGGAGAGAAAGAGAAGAAGAGAAGAAGUUGGAGUGGAAACUGAGGAUGAAGAGGGAGAAGAAGAGAAGGAGGGACGAAGUUAACAGGCUGACCGAGGAGGUGACAAAAGUAAGGGAUUGUCGACAAGAGGUCCAGGCGCAGCCAAACAUCUCUGCCAAAAUGGAACAGAUGUUGGGAUAUCUGGAAGUGUUGAGUGCGGCCUGGAUGGAGGAGCGUCAAACCAAUAAGGGUCAGGAUGUGGCCCUAAGUGCCAUGCGGUCAAGGUUUAGAGAUUUUGCGCGCGAUAUGGUUACCCACGUUGGAGGCGAAGUUAGGCGAUUGAGGGACAGCGUGGGGAAGUUCUGCAAGGGCGCCAUCGAAGGUGCCAAAGCGAUAGUCGCUGUAGAGGGUGAGGCCAGGGGUAAGGAGCCUGUUAAGCGUAAAUUCCCAGAUGCCUAUGGGGGGAAGAAGGAGGAGAAUUUUGAUAACUGGGAGGCGAGUGUCAACAACUACGUUUACUUACAGCACAUCCUAAUUGAGGAACAAGUCCUCGUCGCCUUCCAGGCCCUCAAAGAUGAAGCGGCCAGUUUUGUGAGAUCCCUUGCGCGCGCAGCCGGUUGUGAAAACAACCUGGUUGCAUACUCUAAGAUCACCACCCUUCCUCAAUUCUUCAAACUCCUGAGGGAGAGAUUCGCUGAACCCAGGAGAGGCGUUAGAGCCUCUGACAAGUUACAGACUAUUCACUCAAGACAGUGGAGGAGUGCGAGAGCAUUCAAGGGCGUUAUGGACAACUUGGUAGCCGUCCCAGACCAUGGGGUUACUGAGCCCCAGUUGGUCCCCUUAUUUUACUGUGCCAUGCCAGAGCCCCUGCGUGGGCAUUUCUUUGAGAGCUCUCAACAGGCCGACGUCACCUACGAUGUGCUGAGUAGAGAGGUGGUCCUAUAUGAGUCAAAGUCCAUGUCAGUGUCCACUUUCUGGCAUAAGGACUUGGAUAAGGGAAAGAAGUGGAAAGGCCGUACCAUCUCUGGUCAAGUCAGGGCCAAGGAUCAUAUGAUCCUUACUUUAGAAGAAGGUGGUAUUGAUGAAGUCCCCUACAGUGAGAUUGAGUGGGGGUUAGAGGAGGAGGACAGCAGCGUCGGGCAGGGGAGGUCCUAUGCGGCUGUCGCGGUUGGAGGGAGGCCGCAAGGUAGAGGAGGAGGCCAGGGCCAAAGGGGCCAGGCCAUGGGAGGCCGAGGACCGGGCGCACAGGGGGUUGGCGGACAAGGGAACCGCCAAGUGGGAGGUAGGGGUCAAGGUCCCCCGCCAAAUCGUCAAGGUGUGGCAGAAGAGCUGAAGGAGAGGAUGCAAGCCUGGGCCAAAAUGAAGAAGGAGAGUAAGGGACAACUGAUCUUGGUAGAUGUAGAAGUGUUUAGAAGCAGAGUAGGGGCCCUUAUAGACUCAAGGGCUACCCGCAGUUACAUUAGCCGUAGGGCGCUGAAGAAGUUGAGGCUAGGAUUAAGAGUCCAAAAGUUGGCAGACCCCAUAGUCAGUGUCCUCGCAGACAACCGCACGAUGCGAGUUGAGGACUACGCAGAGGGAGUCCAGGCAUACUUUCGCCUAGAGAAAGAUGGGAAGGUGGAGAAUCUCCAUUCCCUGACUCUCCUCGUUCAUGAUGACCUUCCUUUCGAUAUAGUGUUAGGAAUGGAUUGGGGAGAGGCAGCAGGGGCCACACUCCACUUGAGAGAGCAUGAGUGUAGGCUCCCUAGUCUGUCAGGCGAGGUUAAGACUGCCCGCCUGUUUCGUGUGUCCUGUGUAGAUAACACCUUGGCACAUUGCUGUCUCAGUGCUCCCACGUUCGCGCGACUAGUGAAAAAUGAGCAGUUAGAGGAUCAAGUCUUCGUAGUGUAUGUGAAGCCUGUCACUGAGGUUAAGGAAGGAGAUAGUUCCACAGACCCAACCAUUGCCAAGCUGCUGGAGGAAUUCAAAGAUUUGACUGAGUCGCAGACAGGAGUAGUGUCGCGACCCAUCCAGCACAGGAUAGAGAUAGAGCCCAGUAGGACUCCUAAGGGAGCAGUCUACAGGAUGUCCCCUAGAGAGUUAGAGGAGCUACGCAAGCAGUUAGACGAGCUCCUCGAGAAAGGUUGGAUCAGGCCCAGUUCGUCUCCUUUUGGAGCACCAGUCCUAUUUGUCCCCAAGAAGGAAGGAGAGCUUCGUAUGUGUAUAGACUAUAGGGGUCUGAAUGCGAUUACUGUGAAGAAUGUUGAACCGCUGCCCAGGAUAGACGAUCUUCUCGAUCGGGUGCAGGGUUUAGCUGAUCCGUCCUUGCCCUUUGUCGUCACCACGGACGCGAGUCGGUAUGGAAUAGGCGCCGUGUUGCAGCAAGACGACGACAAUGGCUAUAGACCUGUAGAGUUCAUGUUAGCGAGGAUGCCCUCAGAGAAGGUUGCCACCUCGACGUAUGAGAGAGAACUCUACGCUCUCAGGCAGGCUCUAGAGCACUGGAAGCAUUACCUGCUUGGGAGGCACUUCAAAGUGUAUUCUGACCAUGAGACGCUUAGAUGGUUAAAGACUCAGGCCAAGAUGACACCUAAGUUGACUAGGUGGGCCGCGGAAAUAGACCAGUAUGACUUUGAGCUCAAGCCAGUGAAGGGCAAGUACAACGUAGUUGCGGAUGCUCUGAGUAGGAGAUCAGACUACUUUGGAGUCAUAGUACACUAUCUGGAUAUAGGGAGAGACCUGCAGGAGAAAGUGAGGCAAGCGUAUGCACAGGACCCUAUCUAUAGCGAUCUCCUAAAGAAAGUUAGAGAGGCCCCAGAGACUGAACCAGAUUACCGCACUACAGACGGGUUGCUGUUUGAGAAGACUAACAUAUUCGACCGUCUAUGCGUUCCCAACAGCGAGGAGAUCCACAAUUUGAUCCUAGGGGAAUGCCACGAUACAGAGGGACAUUUUGGUUGGCAAAAGACUCUAGCCAAUCUAAUGCAUGCGUAUACCUGGCCAGGAAUGAAGAAUGACUGCAUAGAGUAUGUCUACAGUUGCAAAGUUUGCCAGAGGAACAAGACCACCACGCGUGCCCCUCUAGGUCUUCUCAGACCCUUGCCUAUUCCUGAUCAGCCGGGAGACUCAGUGUCCAUAGACUUCAUGGAUAUCCAAGUCAAGAGUAGACAUGGUAAAAGCCAAGUCAUGGUCAUAGUCGACCGAUUUAGCAAGUUUGAGAAGUCAACCCAGGGAAGUACAACUGAGGAGCAGGCAGAGAUAGAGCGCCGCCUAGCUGAGAAGAAAAAAGAAAAGGAAGAGAGGAAAAGAAAGGAGGAGGAGGAAGUGAAGAAAAAGUUGUUAGAAGAGAAAGAGAAGAUGGAGAAGGAGAUGAAAGAGAAAGAGAGAAAGAUAAUGGAAGAGUUGAAAGAAGAUGAAGAAGAAGAAGAAGAAGAAGAAAAAGAUGUGGGAGACAGGCUGGAAAGGAGGAGGAUCCAGCCACAGGAAGCAAAGGGUGAAAGCAGCCAUGCCGGCGAAAUCAGGUUGCUGCAGUUGGAGGCGAUCGAUUGGAUGGGACAAUUCGGGUAUCAGACGGAGAUGCCGAAAGAGACCGAGGAGGAGAAAAAUGCUUUUGUGCUCAAAAUGUCAGCGGCAGCGGAUCAGGAGGAGAGAGACUUAUGAUAGAAGAGAAAAAGUCGAACUUAACAACAAAUUGGUGGCUGCGAA